UACGGGGUAUCAAGUACUUGUACUAGUGACGCGUUCGCUGCGGAAGAACACAGUUUUUCAUUAAUUAUGUGUGCCGCGAUGUGCGUUUGAUUUUUAAGUGGUGCUUGACCAUUCGUCCCGUGAAUAUAAACAGUGCUUGAGAGUAGUCGACACACGCAACAGCCCUAUAAAUAGCCAGAGUACAUAUUAUUAUUAUUAUUAUUAUUAUCAUAAAUUAAAAAAAAAAUACAACAUUGGUGCGUAAAAGACCGUGUGACAGUUGUCGAGGAGAGGGCGAGGACCCUCCAGCAGUCGGGCACAUGAGUGCGGACAUCGACGGUAACAUGGUCUCGUAUUACAACCAGCCGAUGUACAGGCAGCCCCAACACCCGCCGGUGGCCCUCCUCGACCAUCAGCAGCAGCAAUCCCCGCCGCUGUCCGCUCCCGACGAGUCCCAGCAACAACAACAACAACAGCUGGUGGUGUCCGAUCCCCAGCAUCAGCAAACUGUUUUGCCCGAGGUGUUACCCGGACAGCACCAACAGCAGCAGCAGCAGCAGCAGCAGCAGCAGCAGCAACAACAACAACAACAGUGCAGCGCCUGGUACAGCUAUGGCCAGUUGCAUCCGCACCAUCCCCACCUGCUGCACCAUCAUCAUCAUCACCACCCCCAGCAGCAGCAGCACUCGUACCUCGAUGGCCACGAUCUCUGGAACCCGCACGCCCACUAUCUCCAGUACCAACAGCACCAGGUCUACCAGCAGCACCAGCUGAGCCAACAACAGCAGCAGCAACAGGCGCAGUUACCGAUCGGCGGGGUGGUGCAGUCGCAGAUUGAUUGGAGCGGCGACGAGGGCAGCGGGCAGCCGGGGGUGAUAGUCGGGGCGGGUAUGCCCAGUCCCCCGAUAACCGCGAGCGGCAGCGAACUCAGUAGCCCCGAGACACCGAGUACCCCGAACGGUAGUAACGGUAGCAUCGUCGCGACCGGUUGUACGGCCACACCGACCGCAAACACUCCAAACGGUAACAACAACAACAACAAUACCAACACCAACAACAACAAUACCAGUGGUGGCGGCGUCACCCCCCAACAGCAGCCCCUCAGGCCCGGGCAGAGCAGAAGCCCCUACGAGUGGAUGAAGAAGACCACCUACCAGCCCAUUCCAGGCAAGACGCGAACGAAGGACAAGUACAGGGUCGUGUACACGGAGCACCAGAGGCUCGAGCUCGAGAAGGAGUUCUACUCGAGCAAGUACAUAACGAUCCGACGCAAGUCCGAGCUCGCCGGGGCGCUGAGCCUCUCGGAGCGCCAAGUGAAGAUCUGGUUCCAGAACCGGCGGGCCAAGGAGCGCAAGCAAACCAAGAAGCGCAACGAGCUCGAGCAGCGCGACGUCAAGCCGAUCCUCGACGCCCACGGGAUCGCCCACCCCGGCCCCGUCAUCAACGGCAUGACCGGCCUCGGCCUCGGCGGCAUGCCCGGCCUCGGCCUCGGUGGCUUCCUCCACCACGGGAGCACCACCAGCCCCUGCAGCAGCACCAGCAGCACCAACAACCCAACCGGCGCCUCCGCCAUCGCCACCACACCCACCCCACCGCCCACCUUCGGGACCCACCACCCGCACCACCACCCGCACCACCACCACCCGGCCCACCAUCACCCCCAUCACCACUCGCAGUCCAUCUUCCAGGCGGUGGCAGCCGCCGCGGCCGCCGGCCACCCCCAGCUCUCCGGCCACUCGGUCCUCGGCAUGUGACGCGACACCAGUCCCCCGUCCUGCACGUUCGCGACGGCUGCCGACGCCCUUCCGCUCUCGGACCCCCAAUGAUAAGCCACGCGCGGCUUAGCUCUAAGAAAAAUCAUACGUGCAAGAAGAUUGUUCGCGUCGGUGAAUCGAAAACGUGUACCUAUUUACACGCCUUCGCGCGUGUGCGCUGCGAGUUUUUCCCCGAUUGGGGGGGAGGGGGGAGAAAAGUCGUUUUCAACUUUGAUUCGGCGGAGGUGGUCCCUCGGGAGGGAGUGGUGCCGGAACGCUUUGAACUUUCGAAAAACUCGACUUAUCUCUCGCAAGUUACAGACGGGGAAAGAAGAGAGAGGGGUGUGUGUGUGUACUUGCUGCUCUUCCGACGGCCGCGAGUGUAUAGUUUCAUCCCGGCUCGGCGGAUUGGAGUGCACGUGGUGGUGCUUCGGGCGCAUGUAAAUAUAUAUAGUGAACGGCACGAGUUGUUUGUUGUGCCGGGGGGUGUUUAGGAAAAAUU